CCAGUGAAAGCCAGCCCGCCGCGCGAGGCAGUAUACUGCUACGUCGGUACACACACUAAAAAAAAAAUGAUAUAACGGACAAAAAAAAUAUUAAAAAAAAAUAUUCGAGUCCCAUUCUUAGGACCGCGGCCGCUUCAAUUUAUUUUUGAUCAUAAUAUUUUGGAAGUGACUUCUGUUCAGAAUGGACUCAAAAUUUAUGUCAUCGGAUAAAAUGGACGAAUAUCAAAAACACAUAGAAAUGAUGAACGGCAACGAUUUGAACGUGCUGAACCUCAAUUAUGAGAGCCACAUGAACAUGGAACAUCCUGACAAGACCUCGGAAGCCAUUGCUGACUUCUACGAAGAUUCCAUAAUCCUGGUCACAGGAGGAACUGGAUUUGUUGGCAAAGCGCUCCUGGAGAAAUUGUUGAGGAGUUGUGCUGGUAUCAAGACUGUCUACGUCCUGAUGAGACCGAAAAGGGGUCUGACAGUAGACCAGAGGUAUAAGGAAUUGCUUAAAAACCAGGUCUUCGACCGCAUCAGGGCAAAAUGGCCAGAGCGGCUGGGCAAGCUCUACCCAAUAACUGGAGACGUCUCCGCUCCAAACCUUGGAGUCAGUCCCGAACAGCGUGAGUUACUGGGCAAGGUGACUGCGGUGUUCCAUUCUGCUGCAACCGUCAGGUUUACUGAACCGCUCCAUGUGGCCACGACCCUCAAUGUCCAAGGAACAGCUUCCCUGCUGAAGUUGGCUGAAGAUAUGCCUAAGUUGAAGGCCCUGGUGCACGUGUCAACAGCGUACAGCAACGCCCCCAGGUCUCACAUUGAAGAACGAGUCUACCCACCACCUUAUGACCCUGACAGCAUAGUGAGGUGCACCAAGAUGCUGCCCCCAGAGACUGUGGAAGUCAUUUCAGAUACCCUGCAGGGUGAACAUCCGAAUCCCUACACACUGACGAAGGCGCUGGCAGAGUCCAUAGUGUACGGGCACACCAACCUGCCAGUCUGCAUCGUUAGACCUUCGAUUGUGACAGCUGCCCUGCAAGAACCUUAUCCUGGAUGGAUAGACAACGUCUAUGGAGUUACUGGCAUCAUCAUGGAGAUGUCUCGUGGAACCUAUCGCUCAGGGUACUGCCGGGAGCGGUACGUGGUGGACCUGGUGCCAGUCGACAUGGUCGUCAACUCCUGCAUCCUGGCUGCUUGGAGGCAAGGAGUUAAGCAGCCGGGUCGCUGUCCAGUGUACAACGUGACCUCAGGGUCCAUCAACCCCCUCCAAUGGGGCCAGUUCACCAAGCUCUGCGUCAAAUGGGCACUGGAAAACCCCACCAAAUACGUGAUGUGGUACCCGAACUUCGCGUUCACCGAGUCGAGGUUUAUGAACACGUUCUGGGAGAUCACGUGUCAUUUCCUGCCUGCCUUCAUGUACGACCUGCUGCUCAGGGCUCAGGGACGGAAGGCCAUAAUGAUGAAACUGGCACGCCGUUUCAAAAUGGCGGCUGCAACCGGAGAAUAUUUUGCCAACCACGAAUGGCAGUUUGGCAUCGCUGAGUUGACGGCGUUGCACGACGAUGCCAGUUAUGCCAGAGACUCUGGCGCCUUCCCCCACUGGCCGGCUGACUUUGACUGGGAUUCUUAUAUAGGAGCAUAUAUGUUUGGUAUAAGGAGAUAUAUACUGAAAGAUACUGCGGAGUCUCUGCCAGUAGCGAGGACUAAGCUGAGGCGGCUAUACUGGGUUCACAAGCUGUUCCAAGCGGCAACAGGAUACUACAUAUUCAGAUUUCUAGCCGGCCGCUUACGGUAAAAUAAAUUACAAGAUGUAUUUUGUAAAUAAAAUUAACCAUUUCGUCCUCACUAUUAAGUUUUAGCCUUUUGACCGCCAAGUCGCAAAAAUGACAGAUUUAAAUCAUGUCAAAUGUCAGGUAAAAUGUCAAGAGUUAGGAAUAAAAUGUCAAAAGUCAGAUAAAUUGUCAAAUGACCACACAGAACUGUGUCAUAUUUGAAUCGAAAUAUUUUUGAAUGUCACCUUAUGUAACUAUGUAUGUGAAAACAAAGAAAGAAAUUAACUUCAUAUAUAAAUCAUAAUAUUAUUAAAGGAAAUAAAAACUUUAGUUCAUAUGUCACUGUGGCGGUCAAAAAGCUAAACAAGAUUUUAAAUAAGGCUUUAAAAUAAUUAUAUUAAGCAAAGAAACCCUAUGAAAUACUCAUAUAAUUUCUCAAACAUUUGAUAGACAUAGAGGCUAUCUAUCUUUGAAUAUAUAUCAAAAUAAAAUAUAUUAUAAUUAUUAUAUUUAUGUCAAAUGUCAGAUGAAAUAAUGACACAUUUCAAUAAUGUCAAAUGUCAGGAAAAAAUGUCAAAGCUCACAUACAAAAAUGUCAAAAGUCAGACAAUCUGUUUGGACAGUUCACAGACUCAAAAUUAAUUUCUUUUUUUAAUUUUCUGGUCAUUUAUGUGAUGACACUUCUUAUUAUGUAAUAGUUAUUAAGUCAUUUGAGUGUACCUGUACUGUUAGAAAAAUAUAUAUAAAAACUAUAUAUAUUUUAGCUUUUCUAUAAAAACUGAAAAAUUCACCAAAUAUCUUAAUUUGUAAUGGCUUUUUUUAAUAAUGAUAGUUUUUCAAUGAAUUUCCUUAAAAUACCAUUACAAAAUACCUCAAAAUACAAAAUAACUUUUUUAUAAAAAAAGGAAACCGCUUUCGAUUUUCUUUUACAACCUUCAUUUGAAGUCGAGUAAUAUACCUAAAACUUUUUCCUAAGUCUGAAAAAAUACUAUGCUGAAAACCGCAUCAAAAUCAGUUCAUCUAAAAGUGGGUUAAUCACAUAUAAACAUACAUAGAGGUAAAACUAAGAACUUCCCGUAUUUGAAGUCGGUUAAAAAUGCGUAGUUUCACCAUUUCAAUAAUUAUUAUUUACUAAUUUUUCUUUUUAUUUGGUUUUUCAUUGAAAAACUAUACAUUGUAGACUUGUCAACAUAAUUAUUUGUGUCAUAUUUUUAUUACAAAUAUUUUGUACAUCAGAUAUUAUGUUUUUUAUGAGAUUUUAUAUUUAAGUUAUUGAAUACGUUUCUGUAUAAGUGUCUACACUGAUUAAGGUAAAUAAUUUUAAUUAUUAAAUCAAAAUAAAUAAUAAAAACUGUGCAUAAUUAGAUGUC